AUUGUUCAGUUCAAGGGAAUGAAGAAUUCAGGCUGAUUUUGAUAAGUGGAUUCCAAUAUGAGGAAUAAAAAUAAGCCGAACAUUUGACCUGCUUUGAAGAAACGUACUGCCCAUUUGUCUAAAGUAGUCUAUAACAACCAAACCAAUCAAAAUGAAUUCAACAGUAUUUUCCCAGGUCGAAAAUCAUUCAAUCUACUAUAACUUUUCAAAGAAGAAUUCCCAGUUUUUGGCUUUUGAAGAUGAUGAUUGUCAUCUGCCCUUGGCCAUGAUAUUUACAUUAGCUUUAGCUUAUGGAGCUGUGAUAAUUCUUGGGGUCACUGGAAACUUGGCCUUGAUCAUAAUCAUCUUGAAGCAAAAGGAGAUGAGAAAUGUUACCAACAUCCUGAUUGUGAACCUUUCCUUCUCAGACUUGCUUGUUGCCAUCAUGUGUCUCCCCUUCACAUUUGUCUACACAUUAAUGGACCACUGGGUUUUUGGUGAGGCAAUGUGCAAGUUGAAUCCUUUUGUGCAGUGCGUUUCAAUCACUGUGUCCAUUUUCUCUCUGGUUCUCAUUGCUGUGGAAAGACAUCAGCUGAUAAUCAACCCACGAGGGUGGAGGCCAAAUAAUAGACACGCUUACGUAGGUAUUGCUGUCAUCUGGGUCCUUGCUGUGGUUUCUUCUCUGCCCUUCCUGAUCUAUCAAGUCUUGACCGAUGAACCAUUCCAAAACGUUACACUUGAUGCAUACAAGGGCAAGUACGUGUGCUUUGAUAAAUUUCCGUCAGACUCUCACAGGUUGUCUUACACCACUCUCCUCUUGGUGCUGCAGUAUUUUGGCCCACUCUGUUUUAUAUUUAUUUGCUACUUCAAGAUAUAUAUACGCUUAAAAAGGAGAAACAACAUGAUGGACAAGAUAAGAGACAGUAAAUACAGGUCCAGUGAAACCAAAAGAAUCAACAUCAUGCUGCUCUCCAUUGUGGUAGCGUUUGCAGUCUGCUGGCUGCCGCUUACCAUCUUCAACACUGUGUUUGAUUGGAACCAUCAGAUCAUUGCUACGUGCAACCAUAAUCUGUUAUUCCUGCUCUGCCACCUCACAGCAAUGAUAUCCACCUGUGUCAAUCCCAUAUUUUAUGGAUUCCUGAACAAAAAUUUCCAGAGAGACUUGCAGUUCUUCUUUAACUUUUGUGAUUUCCGGUCUCGGGAUGAUGACUAUGAAACAAUAGCCAUGUCGACCAUGCACACAGAUGUCUCUAAGACUUCUUUGAAGCAAGCAAGCCCGGUCGCAUUUAAAAAAAUCAACAGCAACGAUAAUGAAAAAAUCUAAAACUGCUGUAGCAUGUGGUUUCAUCUGACAUCUGUUUCAAAAGAAGCACAACCUGCAACAUACUUUCAAUACCUAUUCAACCAAGGAAUAGGGUUGAAAUCACUGAGGAAAGACCAGGAUUUUCUUGUCUUGCUUUUUACUGCUUUUGUUGUAGCUGUCAAAAUUACAUUUGGAACCAAAAUGUAUGGAUGUUGAAAUCUUCUGGCAAUAGUUUUGACCAGACAUUCUUGAAGUGCUUUUUGUAAACUUAUGCAUAUAUUGUAUUUAUUGGAACGAACUUUCUUUAAAGUAAUACUAU